GCUUUUGAUUCGUGAAUACCCAACGAAGGAGUGAAUGGUUGUCUUGUCCCUCUUCGUUUCUUGGAUCUUAAUCUUGUUUCUCACAGUGCCACACUUUUUUCACAGUUUCUCAACCGCACAAACCUCAACGCCAAACCAUAAUCGCAACACAUCACCAAACAAUGCCGACGGGGCUACCGGCGGCGAACACCGUCGUCUCGAGCGACGACGAGGGCUGGGUGUGGGCUCAGAUCAAGGCGGAGGCGCGCCGCGACGCCGAGUCGGAGCCGGCGCUGGCGAGCUACCUGUACUCGACGAUCCUCUCGCACUCCUCGCUCGAACGUUCUCUCUCGUUCCACCUGGGUAACAAGCUCUGUUCUUCUACGCUACUAUCCACUCUCCUCUACGACCUCUUCCUCAACGCCUUCUCCUCCGACCCCUCGCUCAGUUCCGCCGCCGUCGCGGACCUCCGCGCUGCCCGCGAACGUGACCCUGCCUGCGUUUCCUACUCUCACUGUCUUCUCAAUUACAAAAGGCUUCCUCGCCUGGCCAGGCGCACCGUGUGGCACACCUGUUGUGGCGGCAAUCGCGGCGGCCGUUGGCAUUGGCACUGCACUCUCGGAUUGCUGAUGUGUUUGCGGUGGAUAUUCACCCGGCGGCGAGGAUUGGGAAGGGGAUUCUGUUUGAUCAUGCCACUGGGGUGGUGGUGGGGGAGACAGCGGUGAUUGGGAACAAUGUAUCCAUUCUGCACCAUGUCACGCUGGGCGGGACUGGCAAGGUUGGUGGUGACAGGCAUCCCAAGAUUGGGGAUGGGGUGCUUAUUGGCGCUGGUGCUACAAUUCUGGGAAAUAUCAAGAUUGGGGAAGGUGCAAAGGUUGGUGCCGGCUCGGUGGUUUUGAUUGAUGGUGCCGCCAAGGACCACCGCAGUUGGGAACCCGGCGAGGUUGGUUGGUGGGAAGGAGACACCCUCUAAGCAUGAGGAUGUGCCCGGGGAGUCCAUGGACCAUACUUCCUUUAUCUCUGAGUGGUCAGAUUAGUAUCAUUUGAAUUUUCCAAGGUUAAUCAAUUAAGUAAUGAAUACUCCAAAUGAAAUACUAUGGUGUGCUGUUCUAAAGUUUUGUAAUUUUUUUAUGUUUGGAUUGAGAUUUUGUACUCUACACUCUGUGCAAAGUGAAACUGUAAUCGAAAUAAAGGUUUGAUGAGCUGUAUGAAAAAUUUGAUCACUGCUUAGUAUACUGUAUGUAAGCCCUAAAUUUUCGUAUCAUUUCCCGUUGUAUAUGCUCAAGGAUUAUACUAUACGAUGGUAUUUAUGCAGUUUUGAUA